AUGAGCCGGAUCUCUUUCAGAUCAUCUACUGGAGGGGGCAUGAGGGGCUUUAGCUCAGGUUCUGCUAUCGUAGGAGGUGGUGGCGGUGGGACCAGAAGCAGUUUUAGCUCUGUCUCUGUCUCCAGAGUUGGAGGAGGAAGAGCUGGAGGUGGAGGAGGCUUUGGAGCUGGCGGUGGCUUCGGCAGCAGAAGUCUCUAUAACUUAGGUGGAAGCAAAAGAAUUUCCUACAGCUCAGUCGGCGGAGGUCUACGGAGCGGAGCCGGGGGCGGAUACGGCUUUGGUCUUGGCUAUGGUGGUGGAGCAGGCGCUGGCUUUGGCUUAGCAGGAGCUGGUGGUGGUGGUGGCUACGGGCUGGGAAGUGGAUUUGGGAUGGGAGGGCCUGGAUUUGGUGGCCGAGGUGGCCCCGGGUUCCCCGUUUGCCCACCUGGUGGCAUCCACGAAGUGACUGUCAACCAGAGCCUCCUGGCACCCCUCAAGCUGGAUAUCGACCCAGAAAUCCAGAAGGUGCGGACACAGGAGAGGGAGCAGAUCAAGACCCUCAACAACAAAUUUGCCUCCUUCAUCGACAAGGUGCGCUUUUUGGAGCAGCAGAACAAGGUGCUGGAGACCAAGUGGGCCCUCCUCCAAGAGCAGGGUCACACUGUCACCAGGAAGUCCCUGGAGCCCAUUUUUGAAGCCUACAUCAGCAACCUCCGGCGGCAGCUCGACAGCCUGAUGGGAGAGAGGGGCCGGCUGGACUCCGAGCUCCGGAGCAUGCAGGACAUGGUGGAAGACUUCAAGAACAAAUAUGAAGAUGAGAUCAACCGCCGCACGGGUGCUGAGAACGAGUUUGUGGUCCUCAAGAAGGAUGUGGAUGGUGCUUACAUGAACAAGGUUGAGCUCCAGGGCAAGGCCGAUGCGCUGGCAGAGGAAAUCAACUUCCUGAGAGCUCUGUACGAGGCGGAGUUGUCCCAGAUGCAGCAGCAAGUGUCCGACACCUCCGUGGUCCUGUCCAUGGACAACAACCGCAACCUGGACCUCAACAGCAUCAUCGCCGAGGUCAAGGCGCAGUACGAAGACAUUGCCAACCGGAGCCGGGCUGAGGCCGAGGCUUGGUACCAGAACAAGUACGAGGAGCUCCAGGUCUCCGCUGGGAGGCACGGGGAUGACCUGAGGAACACCAAGAUUGAGAUUUCAGAGAUCAACCGGGUGGUCCAGAGGCUGCGGAAUGAGAUUGACAGCGUGAAGAAACAGUGUGCCAACCUCCAAGCAGCCAUUGCCGAGGCCGAGGAGCGCGGGGAGCUGGCCCUCAAGGACGCCAAGGCCAAGCUGACCGAGCUGGAGGACGCCCUGCAGAAAGCCAAGGCCGACCUGGCCCGGCAGCUCCGGGAGUACCAGGAGCUCAUGAACGUCAAGCUGGCCCUGGACAUCGAGAUCGCGACCUACAGGAAGCUGCUGGAGGGCGAGGAGAGCAGGUGAGGACAGGUGGACCUGCCGUCCGUGGUCAGCAGCUCCAGCGGGAUGGGCUACGGCGGCGGGAGCUGCCUGGGCCUGGGCGGAGGGCUCGGCGUGGGCGGCGGCGGCGGCAGCAGCUACACCAUGAGCAGCAGCGGCUUCGGCGGCGGCAGCGGAGGCUUCGGAGGCGGCAGCGGAGGAUUCUCUGGGGGGCUCAACUAUGGUGGAGGCAGCUCCUUCAGCUCUGGGAGCAGCCGGGGCAUCAACUCCAGCACGGGAGGCAGCGUCAGAAUCGUUUCCAAGACCACCACCAGCAAAAAGACCAUCAGAUAA